UGGCCUGCGGCCGCCAUGGUCCGUCCGCGCCGCGCCCCGCACCGCUCCGGCGCCGGGGGCCCCCUCGGGACUCGCGGCCGAGCCCCGCGACCCCUCGUCGUGCGCGCCGUGCGCUCGCGCUCCUGGCCGGCCAGCCCUCGAGGCCCACAGCCGCCGCGGAUCCGGGCGCGCUCGGCCCCUCCCAUGGAAGGUGCUCGAGUCUUUGGAGCUCUGGGUCCCAUUGGGCCCUCCUCCCCUGGGCUCUCCCUAGGGGGUCUGGCUGUGAAUGAGCACCGGCUUAGCAACAAGCUGCUGGCCUGGAGCGGUGUCUUGGAGUGGCAGGAGAAGCGCAGACCCUACUCGGACUCCACGGCGAAGCUGAAGCGCACCUUGCCUUGCCAGGCCUACGUGAACCAGGGAGAGAACUUGGAGACCGACCAGUGGCCACAGAAGCUGAUCAUGCAGCUCAUCCCUCAGCAGCUGCUGACCACAUUGGGCCCCCUGUUCCGCAACUCUCAGCUGGCCCAGUUCCAUUUUACCAACAGAGAUUGCGACUCACUCAAGGGGCUCUGCCGCAUCAUGGGGAACGGCUUCGCGGGCUGCAUGCUCUUUCCCCACAUCUCCCCGUGCGAGGUGCGCGUGCUCAUGCUCCUGUACUCGUCCAAGAAGAAGAUCUUCAUGGGCCUCAUCCCCUAUGACCAGAGUGGCUUCGUCAAUGCUAUCCGGCAGGUCAUCACCACCCGGAAACAGGCUGUGGGCCCAGGUGGUGUGCACUCUGGCCCUGUGCAGAUUGUCAACAACAAGUUCCUGGCGUGGAGUGGAGUCUUGGAGUGGCAGGAGCCUAGGCCUGAGCCCAACAGCCGGUCCAAGAGGUGGCUGCCAUCCCACAUCUACGUGAACCAAGGGGAGAUCUUGAGGACAGAACAGUGGCCAAGGAAACUCUACAUGCAGCUCAUCCCACAGCAGUUGCUGACCACCUUGGUGCCGCUGUUCCGGAACUCUCGCCUGGUACAAUUCCAUUUCACCAAGGAUGUGGAGACACUUAAGAGCCUGUGCCGCGUCAUGGAUAAUGGCUUCGCGGGCUGCGUGCACUUCUCCUACAAGGCCUCAAGCGAGGUGCGCGUGCUCAUGCUCCUGUACUCCUCGGAGAAGAAGAUCUUCAUUGGCCUCAUCCCACACGACCAGAGCAGCUUCGUCAACGGUAUCAGGCGUGUCAUUGUCAACCAGCAGCAGGUCCUGCAACGGAGCCUGGAGCAGGAGCAGCAGCAGCGAGGGAUGGGCGGCUAGUGGCCCCCUCCAGGUGGGGCCCACCACCAUCCCAGUCAAGGUCCCAUGGAGACUGGGGCCCCUGGGAACUGCAACUGCCCAGCAACAUGGAGGAUGGCAUCCUGUCUCCAAGGAUGUCCCUGCCCCUGUAUGUUUUCCCAAUAAAGUCAAGUCUUUUAACCCAUGA